AUGGCGACGCGCCCGACGUCGUCCACGGGGCAGUCGUACCCGGCGGUGCUCGGCUACCAGAUCGUGCAGCUGCUGGGCGGCGGCGGAUUCUCGCGCGUGUUUCGCGCGGUGAAUGGCGCGUCGGCGCAGCACCCGCAGGCGGCGGUCAAGGUCGUGUCCUACGCCUCGACCUCGGUGCGGCAGCCGAUCGACCGGCGUGCGCUCCAGAAAGAGGUGCAGAUUCACAGCAUCCUCAAGCACAAGAAUGUGCUCGAGUUCCUGGGGUCCGUCGAGUACGCCAUCGGCUCGUCCGCACCGAGCAACUACGUGCGCGGCCUCUAUAUCCUCCUCGAACUCGGCGCGGGCGGCGACUUGUUCGACAAGAUUGCGCCGGACGUCGGUGUCGAGGAAGACCUCGCACACUUUUACUUUACCCAGCUCGUCGCCGGCUUGGUACGUCGCGCUGCUCACCAGACCUAUAUCCACUCGCAGGGCGUCACGCACCGCGAUAUCAAGCCGGAGAAUAUGCUCCUCGACGCGCAGGGCAACUUGAAGAUCGCCGACUUUGGCCUGUGCAGCGUAUACAAGUACAAGGGAAAGGAACGCACGCUCCACGGCACAUGCGGCUCGCUGCCGUACAUUGCCCCGGAAAUGAACGGCCAGCCGUACCACGGCGAGCCGGUCGACGUAUGGAGCUCGGGCGUGGUGCUCUUUGCACUCUUGGUUGGCAACACCCCAUGGGAUGAGCCGACGAGCCGCAGCCCGGAAUACCGCGCCUACCUCUCCGGCGAGCUGCUGCGCAUGGACCCCUGGACGCGCAUCAGCGGCGACGCACUCUCGCUCCUCCGCCGCAUGAUGCACCCCGAUCCACGCAAGCGCUCGUCGCUCGAGCAGAUCCAGCGCCACCGCUGGUUUACCCGCCCGAACGAGCUGCUCACCUCGGGCAAGUGCAACGACCCCGUGUCGCUUGCGGAGCGCCUCCUGCAAGGCCUCAUUGUGUCGGGCGAUGUGCAGCUGGCCCUGCACAGCGACGGGCAGCGUGCGCCGGUGCCCGAGAGCCUCUCGCUGACGCAGCCCGAGGCGCUCCAGUCGCACUCGCUCCGCCUCAACACGUCGAUCCCGUCGUCGACCGCGCAGCCGGCGCUACACGCGCGCCGCAGCCUCGCUCAGUCGCAGAUCGUGCGCCCGCGGGCAGAGUCGGCGACACAGGCGGACGAGGCGCAGUUUACCCAGGCCCUCGGCUACUUUACACAAUCGUCGGCCAUGCCGACCGGCGCAAGCAUGGCGCUGCAGCUCACGCGCUUCUACUCGGCCGCGGAGCCGGGCACGGUGGCGCAGGCGCUGGCGCAGGCGCUCGAGCGCCAAAAGGCUCAGUUCUCCCUCGAGCCGAUGGGCGACGACUCAGAGCUCCAAGAGGCGUACGAGGACAUGGCCACCGGCGAGGAGCCCGAGGCGAAGCCGUCGCAGCCGCUCUCGGGCGCACGCGGCGUGCGCAUCCGCCUCGGCCUCGUCGACCGCCGCAAGUGCGCGCUCAAGGGCGAGGUGCGCAUCGAGCGCCUCGCCGAGCUCCCGCCCGAGCUCGAGCACUGCGCGCAGCAGCACGACCCGAGCUUUGUGCUGAUGCGCCGCAGCAAGGGCAACCCCCUCGAGUGGCGCCGCCUCUUCCGCAACGUGUGCGCGGACCCUGCGGUGCGCGAACUGAUUGCGCGGCCUACAUAG